CGAGGCUGUAAACAAUAUGGCCGCUUGCAUUGAAUUUGGAAAACUACCGGUGAAAUUUCCUUAAUAACCUUGAAAUGGCAAAAAGGUAGUGAUAAAUCAAGCGAAUUUACAGGUAAAAAAAAGGUGAAGCAUGGCAAGAAGUGUACCUUGGAGAAGAACUUGUAAUGAUCUUGUCUUCUGGAGACAAACACAGGCUCUUAAUGCUACCAUUUUUAUUUUACGAGAAACAGGCCCAACAGGUUUCUUACUGAAGGAGGAAGGGGAAACAAAGCCAUGCAAGGCAUUUCUAGGUGACCCACACAGUUGCACGUGUACACAAUUCAUGAAGGAUCGUGACCUGUGUAAACACAUAUGCUGGCUGCUCCUGAAAAAGUUCCGCGUACCUCAAACCAACCCUAUGUCUUGGCAGAAAGGUCUGGUGGAACGAGAAAUUAAUGAGAUCCUGCGUGGUAUAACACAGCAGAUGAGGAAGAAGGUGCCAACAGCUGUGACACGUUGGAGGCGUCCUAUGUCAUCUGAUAGUGAUGCAAGGGAGGUAAUCCCUCAACGUGACAUUGCUGAAGAUGAUGUGUGUCCUAUAUGUCAAGAUGAACUGUUGGCUAAACGACUUCCUGUCACAUAUUGCAAAUUUGGUUGUGGAAACAGUAUUCAUAUUAAGUGUAUGAAAGUAUGGGCAGAGCAUCAAAAGUCACAAGGGGAGACUACUGUCAAAUGUCCAUUUUGUAGAGAAGAUUUUGGUCCUUUUGAACUGCUGAAGUAUGAGAAUCGUAAUGCAGAAGGUGCUUCUAACCAGGGUGGUCGUAUGGACCGACAUUUAGGUGCUACCUGUCAAAGCUGUAGAGUUUCACCUAUAGAGGGCAAAUGUUACAGAUGUAGUACAUGCACUGACUUUCAUCUAUGUCAGUCAUGUUUCAACACUCCAAUACAUACACAACAUGCCUUUGAAUAUAGACAUAAGAGGAAUCAGAGAUGGCGUGCAGCAGGUAGAGCUUAUGGUGCUGUGUUACCCCAGGCUGUCGUAGAUGAUCUUGUUAACAGAGAUAUAUCAGAUAAUGAUUAUGAUCUCCUCAUGCAACUUGAUGGCAACACGGCAGCUACAGGUAGUGAUAUACCAGAGGAAGUAAUUCAGUCAUUCCCAUUGGAGAAAAUACGUCAGAAUGGUCCCCUGCUUCAACCAGGUGUUCAAUGCAGGAUCUGUCUACAUGGUUACCAGUUAGGACAAUUUGUUAGAAAACUUCCUAGAUGUAAACACAAGUUUCACAAGGACUGUAUAGACCAGUGGUUAUUGCAUUCAAGACCUACCUGUCCUGUAGAUGGUCUUGUAGUAUGGGAUAGAAUAUCAGCCCAGAUGGAAGAAGGUGAUUCAAACAACAGAAAUAGGGCAAAGAAGAGACAAAGCAGUUCAGAGACAUCUGUGAAUCCCAGUGGUGUAGUUCAAUUAGAGAUUCCUGGGGUAGGCAUUGCUGGGCGUGCCCCAGAGCCUAGGGAUGAUAAUUCUAGACCUCGGGGUCAGGGAAGGGCUCCAUUAAGACGUCCCCGAGACAGGGGAGAUAGGGAGGCAGAAAGGGUGUUGGGAUCUUUACAGAAUAACUUUGGUGUAAAUGGGACUGCUGUUGGAUCUGAAAGUGAUAACCAUAUAGAAGCCAGUAUGAGGUUACCUGGUGGUAGAUUGUUACAUCGUGCUGAUUAUCAGAGAGCAGCAAUGAGUGACAGACUGGCAGGGAUAAAUGUCAACCCAGGAGAUGAUCAUUACAUGGCAAUACAAUCAACACAAAUAGAAAGAGAAAAUAUUGACCCGCUAGAUCAAGUUGUAGCUGCCAACAGUGAUAAUUGUCAUACUGACCCACAUAACCAAGGUCACAGCUAUGGGUCACAAGGUCAAAGUUCAAACCAUGUACUUCAGGAGAGACAGUUUAACCAUGGUUCAAUUUUUGCCAGUGAUGUUCAAAACUCUACUGAUGCUACUGCCACUCUGUUAGCAAAUAUGGAGAGAUUAUCACCAUAUAGAGAACUGCCGAAUGUUUUUGCAGAGACCGCCUCUCAACCUUUGCCCUUAGAUUCUGUGAGGUCAGGGGAUUCUGGUAGAAACGCUGAAAGUCAAAGGUCAUUAUCUCUUGGUGGGACAGUACCAGAUAUUCCACCAGAGCAAAGACUGUUUGCUGACUCUGGAACUGGAUCAAGCUCACAUAUUAUUUUUGACCAAUCACAGACAAUGGCCAGGGGCAAAAACUCUGGUCAGUCUAGUUUAAAACAGAGAAGGCAGCAACAAAUGGUUUUAAGUGCUCCUUCUUCAAAUGCAGUUGCUGGAUUUUCAUACCAUUUUCCACUCUUGCUAUCAGAACGUGGACGUGCAGCACAGAGACGCUGGUCACAAGGAAGUAGUAUGACUCGUAACCGUAGUAACAGUAGAGAUAGAGGAAGGGACAACAGCAUGGAGAGAGGUGCUAAUGGUUCCCGCCCACUUGGUAACGGUCCUAUACCUAAAGAAGGAGAGAAUUUAUUAGAAAGACUUACUCUGUUUACAGAUUUAUACCUGGGAAACAGUCCCCAGUCUAACCCUCCAGUGUCCGGUCACACCACAAGUACAGGACUACCACCUAGACCUCAACGUAGACCUGUAGAUAACCAUGCUGCUGCUAGAAUGAGGAGAUUUGAAAAUGAUAGACGGAGAAAUAACUUCAGUCUAGAAGGAAAUGCUUGCUCUGAAAUGACCCUCAGGGAUCUUUUAGGUUGAAACAUAUGUUAACAUAGAUAGUAUGUUAAUUUGUACUCUAUGAGCACCAAACUAAAAACACCAAGAAAGUAUUUUAUAGAUAUAAGCUUUGACAUCAAUUAUUGCCUGUUGUUUAAUAUUUUAGGCAAAGUAAAAAAUGGUUAGACUUAUUUCAUGAAAUAACAAAUUUAAAAAAGAAAAAAAGGAUUAACCUGGCAAUUGAAUUGUUAUAUUGUAAAUAUUUAUAGCAGAAUACAAAAUGUUCUUACUUUGUUGAAUAUUAAUGUUGUAUUUUGUGGAGUGAAAUGUUUUCUGAUGCAUGCCAGUCGAUGUCACUGUCUUUUAUUGUUAUUAAAUGAUAACCAGUAUUUAUAGUUUUAUGGAGGAUAUUUUUACUA